AUGGACCUGCCGAAGCUCGGGGGUCGCCUUGUUGGUGUCGCAGGUCACCGAUCUCCAAGGACCACUCACAGUGGACGGGUGGCAUGGAGAGCAGUGAGUAGUGGGUUGCAACGCCAACAAGAACAACAGAAUCAGUAUUGCUGUGGCCACUGCCGGAGCAAGCGAGGGUAUGGGACAACAGCUACAGCUACAGCUACACCGGCCGUCAAGAUUACUUCGCACUCCCAGACGAGAGUAUCAGGCGGCAGUGCAAGGGGCAGUGCUGGCUAUCAACUUGGACGAUUGAAAGGCGUGGGCGUGAGACAGUACUUCGCUGAUGCAGCCCCGGAUGCUCGUACGCAUGGACAGGAGGAAGCCGACGUGAACGAUAGGAGAGAAAAGGUCGUGAUCUUGGGCAGUGGUUGGGCUGGCUUCGUACUGGCGCGACGCCUCGACCCAAGAAAAUAUCGCGUGGUGGUGGUUUCGCCACGUUCAUACUUUGUCUUCACUCCGCUAUUGAACGACACGGCAGUCGGUACGCUCGAGUCUCGCAACGUACUUGAAUCGGUUCGCGGGAGACGAUCUUCCGUCGAGUACGUCCAGGCGUGGGCAGACGACCUGGAUUUUUCGAACAAGACGGUAACGGUGGAACCGUCCGUUCUGGACCCAGAUGUCGGCCACGCCCUCACGGGUCCCCGCGAGCCCAACGAGCAAAAGACCGAAGUAGGUUUCUUUCGGGAAUCGGACAAGGCGGUCCGUCUCGGCGGUACGGGCAAGCACCCUGUCCCUACAUUUCCCAUCGCGUAUGACAAGCUCGUCAUCGCCGUCGGGGCGUACAGCCAGACAUUCGGCACGCCGGGGGUCCGCGAGAAUGCGUAUUUCCAAAAGGACGUGGGUGACGCGAGGGCCAUUCGAAAGCGGAUCCUCGAGCUCUUCGAACUCGCGCGCCUGCCGAACAUCCCCGAGGAGACGAAGCGCUGUCUGUUGCAUUUCGCCAUCGUCGGCGGAGGUCCAACCGGUAUGGAGUUUGCCGCGUGCCUGUCUGACCUCAUUCGCCAGGAUCUGUCAAAGAUACAUCCUGGCUUGAUGAAGUACAUUCGCAUCAGCCUGUACGAUGUUGCACCAAAGGUCUUGCCCAUGUUUGACGCUGCACUGGCCGACUACGCUGUGAAGCAGUAUCAGCGGCAGAACAUUGAGAUCAAGACGAGUCACCAUGUCGAAGAACUAAGAAGGGGUUUCCCGAACGACGAGGAGGCGAGGAAGAACCAGGACAAGCAGCCGAAGGGGAGAGUGUAUACCAUUCGCACAAAGGAGGAAGGGGACGUGGGUAUAGGUAUGUGCGUGUGGAGUACGGGAAACAUGAAUAACCCUAUGGUGGCCAAGGCGUUGCAUAACGUUCGCAAAUAUCCUGUCAGCAGCGCGGUGAUGACCGAGGGACAGAUGGAGAAUCCGACAGAGCAGCAGUGGAUGAUCACACGAGAUCCCAAAACCGGCGUGCUGUUGGUCGACGAUCACUUCCACGUGACUCUGAAUACGCAGAAUGCCGAGGAUGGUGAAAAGGGCAGUGCUGAGGUGAAGGCGACCGCGAAAGCAUAUAUGAAAGACGUCUUUGCGCUCGGAGACACUGCAAAACUGAUCUCGGGUCCAUUACCGGCGACGGCGCAGGUCGCGAACCAAGAGGCCCUGUGGCUGGGGAAGACGCUGAACAAGUUUGAGACCGCAGAGGAGUUUGACAAGGCCCCCGGGUUCACGUUCAGAAAUCUCGGGGUGUUGACCUAUGUGGGUGGUGCGAAGGCCGUUUUGCAGGGACCGCAUACAAGUCGCGAGGGUAUGGCGAAGGGGUUGAAGGGAUGGAUUGCUUUCCUUGUCUGGAGAGGCGCCUAUUUGACCAUGACGCUGAGCUGGCGGAAUAAGUUUCUUGUGCCUAUCCAGUGGUUGGCGGUCAAGGUGUUUGGCCGGGAUGUUUCGAGGUUCUAA